GUGGUGGUUGUCCAGGCCAUCAGUGCCCUGUGCCAGAAGUAUCCUCGAAAGCAUGCUGUCCUCAUGAACUUCCUGUUCACCAUGCUACGAGAAGAGGGUGGUUUUGAGUAUAAGCGUGCCAUCGUGGACUGCAUCAUCAGCAUCAUCGAGGAGAACUCAGAGAGCAAGGAGACAGGGCUCUCCCACCUGUGCGAGUUCAUUGAAGACUGCGAGUUCACUGUGCUGGCCACCCGCAUCCUGCAUCUCUUAGGCCAGGAGGGACCCAAGACCAACAACCCCUCCAAGUACAUCCGCUUCAUCUACAACCGAGUGGUUUUGGAGCAUGAGGAGGUCCGGGCAGGUGCAGUUAGUGCGCUGGCCAAGUUUGGGGCCCAGAAUGAAGAGAUGUUACCCAGCAUCUUGGUGCUGCUGAAGAGGUGUGUGAUGGAUGAUGACAAUGAAGUAAGGGACCGAGCCACUUUCUAUCUCAACGUCCUGGAGCAAAAGCAGAAGGCCCUCAAUGCAGGCUAUAUCCUAAAUGGUCUGACUGUCUCCAUCCCUGGCCUGGAGAGGGCUCUGCAGCAGUACACUCUAGAACCGUCGGAAAAGCCUUUCGAUCUCAAGUCUGUACCCCUGGCUACCAUGCCUAUUGCAGAGCAGAGAACAGAAAGUACCCCCAUUGCAGUGGCCAAGCAGCCUGAGAAAGUGGCAGCCACCCGACAGGAGAUUUUCCAAGAACAAUUGGCAGCAAUCCCCGAGUUCCGUGCACUGGGGCCCCUCUUCAAGUCCUCACCUGAGCCUGUGGCCCUCACCGAGUCAGAGACAGAAUAUGUCAUUCACUGCACCAAACACACCUUCACUGACCACAUGGUCUUUCAGUUUGAUUGCACAAACACACUCAACGACCAGACUUUGGAGAACGUAACAGUGCAGAUGGAGCCCACUGAGGCCUAUGAGGUACUCUGUUAUGUCCCUGCCCGGAGCCUCCCCUACAACCAGCCUGGGACCUGCUACACGCUGGUGGCACUGCCCAAGGAAGACCCCACAGCUGUGGCCUGCACGUUCAGCUGCAUGAUGAAGUUCACUGUCAAAGACUGCGACCCAACCACUGGGGAGACUGACGAGGAAGGCUAUGAAGAUGAGUAUGUGCUUGAAGAUCUGGAAAUCACUGUAGCUGAUCACAUCCAAAAGGUCAUGAAAAUGAACUUUGAAGCAGCCUGGGAUGAGGUGGGUGAUGAAUUUGAGAAGGAGGAAACUUUCACUUUGUCAACCAUCAAGACACUUGAAGAGGCUGUGGGCAAUAUUGUGAAAUUCUUGGGGAUGCACCCAUGUGAGAGGUCAGAAAAAGUGCCAGAUAACAAGAACACCCACACAUUGCUCCUCGCUGGUGUAUUUCGGGGUGGUCAUGACAUCCUGGUACGUUCUCGGCUGCUGCUUUUGGAUACAGUGACAAUGCAAGUGACAGCCAGAAGCUCUGAAGAGCUGCCAGUAGACAUCAUCUUGGCAUCUGUGGGCUAGGCCUAUAGAAUCCCUAUUCCUACCCCUUUCCCCCAACACUACACAGAAGGUAUGCCUUCCUUAUGAACCCAGUGGAAAUCCCAUCUUCAGCCUCUGUAUUAAAAAUAAUU